CCCAGAUCUCCGACCCCGCGCCAAGCUGGCUUAUUGGUGUGCUGGGCUGAUCUCUUUGGGAAAUGGGCAAUCAGCCAACGCUGUCCAGGCGCUAUCCAGGGCGCUGGUAUGCAGUUCGCCGCCCGCUUCCCACCCACGAUGCCGGCCUGCCGUUGCUGGAUCUGGCGCUGGCGCUGGCGCUGGUGCUGAUGCUGGGGCUGCCUCACCAACCCAAGCCAAGGCUGCGAGGGGUGUUGCGUACAGCACAUGCAGUAUGCAGCAUGUCCUGUGAGCGCUCGCCCAGGUCCUUUUGUCCAUCCACCCCUACCUCCCCAUCCAUCAUCCGCCACCUACUGCGUGCUGCGUCUAUGUUGGGCCUCCUUCCAGCCAGCCGGCCGGCCAGCCAGAUCGUCCAUGCCAUCCAUGUUCUGUGCUGUGCCCCAGGGCGAUGUCUUUUGCUCUUGGCCUCGCCAGCCUCCCAUGCUUUCUCUUCCAUCCCUGCUCAUGAAAGCGCACAGGCAUCUGCGACUGAUGGCGCCCCUUGCUCACCCACGUUCCCCCCGUCGUCAGCAGCAGUCUCUUCACACCCCUUCGUCUUUUUCGGGCUAGAUCGGCCUCUCUUCUCCCCGCUCCUGUGAAAACCGUCCUUUGUUCUUGUUGCACAUUCUCUCUUACCCCGGUCGCCUGCAUUACAGAAGACCCUUUGUUACCCUGGCCAGGGUGGACCGCCGCUAUCGCCGGCCUGCCUCCUGCGCCAACAAAAUGAGGCACGGCGCCGCACCCUCACGCCGCACACCACCUUUCUCGCCAUGUCUGCCCGCUCGGUGCCGUGAGAAUCUACCAGCAACCCGCGCCGUGUAUCGCCAAUGGUAUAAACCAACAACCGAGGACGUCGCCCCAGGGAGGAAAAGGAACUGGAUGGACAUGCUCGAUCGCCAACACUCUCUCUUCCCGCCGGUGCCGGCUCCUGGACAACUCCCAGCAAACACCUUGCACCCCUCUGCCUACCGUCCCGACGGCCCCAUCUUGGGCAGAAAGACAUUCGGGAUUAUCCCAUAAUAACUGCCUUUACGGCCAACACCCAGUCAACCUUUGCUCACACUCGGAGCUUCCGACUCUGCUUUUCUGCCACCACGAUACGGCACCCCUUAUACGGCCCACACGAAUAGUAUAUCUACCGCGGCCUCCCACCUCGCUGCUCUUGAAUCAGGGCCUGCCACGGCGGCUCCCCAACGUCACAAGCCCAGCUUCCACGACGCCAGGAUGAGUUCCCCCGAGGACAUCAGGCGGAACCAGCUGGAUCAGUUCAGCAUCAUCGAACGCGUCUGUUCGGUGUUCUCGCUGCUGGGAUGCGUCUUCAUCAUCGCCACCUUCUGCGCCAGGAGGUCCUUCCACAAGCCCAUCAACCGCCUUGUCUUCUACGCCUCGUUCGGCAACAUGAUGAGCAACGUCGGCACUCUGAUGGCGCGGACAUUUGUCGACGACAGCACCUCGCCCGGCUGCCAGUUCCAGGCGUUCCUGAUUCAGAUGUUCCUACCCGCAGACACCUUCUGGACGCUGGCCAUGGCCGUCAACGUUUACCUCACCUUCUACCACAAGUUUGAUGCCGCCAAACUGCGCCGGAUGGAGCUGCCCUACCUGUGUAUCUGCUACGGGGUCCCUUUCAUCGUUGCCUUGACCUACAUCUUUAUCAAUAGCCCGCGGCGUGGGAGGAUGUACGGAGACGCCACGCUUUGGUGCUGGAUCAGCCCCAAGUGGGAUAUUUGGCGCAUCACCACCUUUUACGCCCCCAUCUGGGUCAUCAUCCUAAUCACCUUUUUCAUCUACAUCCGCGCCGGAGGCGAGAUAUACCGCAAGCACAAGCAGCUUCGCAACUUCCAGUCCAGCAGCAACAACCGCGACCCGGAGCCUCUUCCGCCGAUGGACGACCCCUACUUGGCAAACAAGACGACUGAGAUUUUCGUCACCUCCGAGGUGGCCAGCAACACUCCGGGUUCCAUCGACCUUUCUCCCCUCGGCCGCCGGCCCCCCGCAGCCGCCGUCCUGCCGCCAAACAAUGCGCCGCCGGCCGGGGCGUACUCGGUCACCAUCUCGUCCCGCGCCAGGAUGAGCGUCGGGGAGGACGACAUGUCCAUCAAGCCGGCCGACGUGCUCCCCAUCGCGCACCAGCGACCGGUCACGUCGUCGGCCACGGCCGCCGGCGGCGCCCCAGGUGGCAGCCCCCUCGGCGCCCGGCGCAAGACCAGCCAUGAGGCCAACAACGCGGCCUGGUCGUACACCAAGUGCGCCAUCCUCUUCUUCACGGCGAUGCUGGUGACGUGGAUCCCGUCGAGCGCCAACCGGGUCUACUCGGUCAUACACGUCAACGAGAUGAACCUGACGCUCGAGUACAUGAGCGCCUUCGUGCUGCCGCUGCAGGGGUUCUGGAACGCCGUCAUCUACGUCGUGACGUCGUGGUCCGCCUGCACCCUGCUGUGGCACGACCUCUUCCUCUCGCGCAGGCCCGUCACGGAGCUCAUCGGCCAGGGCGGCGUCAGGGUCUCGUCGUACCAGCCCGGGAGCGCCAGCCAGAACCGACGGCAGACCAUGGGGGCGGCCGCGGCCGGCGACUUUGGCUCGGCGCGCAGGCCGAGCGCGGCCAUGGCUGCCGGGGGCAGCAGCCGCCCGCACGCCGGCUACGACAAGGGCUACGACAAGAACUACGAGACAGAGAGUAUGACGGAGCUCACCGGCAGGCCCUCGACGACGGAGCCGCCCCUGGAGAGGAAACCACACAACGCCCUAUGACGGGGGGGGUCUCCUUUUUCUAUGACGAUCACGACCAGAUAUAUGCUUUAGUGUCCUUGUAUCAUCUCCUAUAUGUAAUGACGGGGCAAUUGUUGUAUAUCCAUUGCAAGCGACUUUCCUGUCCGUCCAUUUAAUCUAUUCAUAUGAUACUCUCCUGUUGCUCUUUCUCUUCUGCAAGCAUUUUAC